CCUGCCGCCUGUCAUUGGCUGGCGGGGUCUUGCCGUGCGCGGGGGGUGAGAGGUCGCGGCGUGGUUCUGGGCGGACAGACGGACGGAGGGACCGACCGACCGGGCAGCGAUGUCCCACUGCCGGCAGCAGGGCAAAGACAGGAUCAUCUUCGUCACCAAGGAGGAUCAUGAGACUCCCAGCAGUGCUGAGCUGAUUGCAGAUGAUCCCAAUGACCCUUACGAAGAUCAGGGACUGAUCUUACCGAACGGAGAUAUUAACUGGAAUUGCCCGUGCCUGGGAGGCAUGGCAAGCGGUCCCUGUGGCGAGCAGUUCAAGUCUGCCUUCUCCUGUUUCCACUACAGCCAGGAGGAGGUGAAGGGCUCCGACUGCCUGGAGCAGUUUCGCACCAUGCAGGAGUGCAUGCAGCGUUAUCCCGACCUCUAUCCUCAGGACGAGGAAGGUGAGGCCCAGAGCCCGACUGACCAGGAGCAGCCAAGCGAACUGCCAGUCCAGGAGACGCCCAUCGCCCAGACUCAGGGCUCCAGCUAAUCAGUAGGGUGGUGAGGGGGUGGUGUCCAGUGUCCCCCUUCCCACCGGCCCCUCAAACCCCCUCCGCAAUCCAACCAGCUCCCAGCUGCCGGCUGACCUUCACUUUCAUGGGGGGGGGGGAACUUCCUGCUGGCACGGAGACCGGGACCUGGGGCUGGGGGGUGAAGGGAGAGGGGCUCCCUGCAGCUGCUGGCACAGAGACUGGUGAUAAGGGGGCGUCUCCCUGCAGUUGUUGGCGUAGAGAUGGGCAGUGGGAGGGGGAGAAGAGUCAGAGUCACUCCCUGAGGGUGUGAACAGGACAGUCUCGCUGCUAAGGUCCUUUACGUGGUGACCACCCCCUCCCCCCGAGUGGUUGUAGCAGGGACCAGGCUCUGUGUCUGCACUGAUGGGCAAGGGGUUGAGUCCGCGGCAGGGUGGCAGCUAAUCAAUACCCAUGCUGCACUGAAAGCUGCCACCCUGUGUAACCAGCCCCUUCCCCACAGCACAGCUAAUACAUUCUAAAUUAAAGAUAUUUUUACGUUGUGUCGUGGAUACUGCUUCGUUUG